AAGUCCCUCAUCAAGCUAGUUAGCCUUGCGACGUGCAGAGUGUUCCUGGUGAUGCGCUCAAUAUCAACAAAAGAGAAAAUGGAUUAGCUGUUUAGCAAUUUUAUUUUUCAUCUGUUUGGACAAUCAUUAAGAACCCGCUCACCGUUCCUGGGUGUAAAUUGGCGUCUACAUUCAUGCCGUCGCUGGUUCUCUGUAAAGGAGCAGUUUGAGCUCCGAGUGGCGGGCAGUCAGCGUCUCUGUGGGGACAACACGGCUCAGCCACCGAGGUGCGGCAUGGUGGUCCCGGACAGUGGCAGCGUUGUCCCCCAGCCGGACAAUGACCUCCCGGAGAACCCCGAUCCAGGAUGCCAGGUCCUAGGGGAAGGGGGGGACCUGGCAGAGGUGGAGAUGGAGGAGGUCCGGAAGCUGCAGGAACUGGUUCGCCGGUUGGAGAUCCAGAAUGAGACGCUGCGCAGCAGGGGGGUCAAAUCCUUCCUCCCCAAAGGAGCCAACAGCGACCUCAACGUCAACGACAGGCUGACGUAUGAAGGGGUGACCAACAGCCAGCUCAGGCUGGAGCACGACGAGGAGCUGAAGCUGUUUCCUCCUCAAGAAAGCAGCAGCGGUGAAGAGAUGUCACCUGUGCCUGUGGCCAGCCGGCUGGAGGAAGAGGGAGACCUUGGUCCGUGUGGGGGGUUUCUGUCUCUGACCUGUAGAAAUGGAACGGGACUGCCUCAGGGCCAAGCCCAGACACCAGAGAGCCCAUCUCAAGACAGCUAUGGGUCAGAGACACUUGCAGAGAGCGACUCAGGGUUGGACCACACUGCUCUGGAUGAAGUGGACGUCCUAGAUCUGGAGGAUGAGUGUGCUGAAGAGGAGGACGAGGACAGCUGGCUGUACGUGUCUCCUAAAAAGCAGCUGGCAGAUUCAGGUCCCGACUCUCCUCUGAAGUGGUGUCGGCAGGCUCUCGAUCACCGCAGCCCAGAGACGGACCUGGCGUGUCGGACGCUGAUCAGCCGUUUGGACCAGACGUCUCGAUGGAGGAGCAUGUACAGCGGCCCAUCAGAGGCGGGCUCGGCCGGCUCAGGCCUGAUCUCUCCUGGGUACCACAAAUCCACUAACAAAUCUCUACUAACCUGUGGCAGCUCAGGUGUGACAAACAUGAAUUCAGCCCUCAGCUCCCAGUCAUCCAUAGACAGUGAGCUCAGCACAUCGGACGACUCCAUCUCUAUGGGCUACAAGCUCCAGGACCUCACUGACGUCCAGAUCAUGGCUCGCCUUCAGGAAGAGAGUCUGAGGCAGGAUUACGCCUCUAGCUCAGCAUCCGCGUCCCGCCGCAGCUCCACCACGUCCCUGCAGUCUCUGCGUCGGGGGGGCACCUACAGUGACCAGGAGUUUGACACUUACAGCCUGGAGGAUGAAGAGGACGAGCUCAGCUCCGCGCCCCAGCGCCGCCAUCGUUUCACCCCGUCACCGUUGGGCUCCCCCCGCUGCCUCUCUCCCUCCACUUCCAACCACGGGCAGGAACACGGCAGCCGACUCGCGGCGCCGCGUACGAGGACACCCAGACGGUCUCUUCAGGGUCCGAGCGCAGAGCUGCUCAAGUUUGCAAAGAGCGAAGAGGAGUUGAGGCACAGCAUGCCUAAUCUGGCCCCCCGCACCAGCCUACGCUCCUUGGAGGCAGUCAGAAAUAGCCGAAGCAUGGAGGCUAACCUCCAAAGCUCUGGCAAUCGCAUGUCUCACCUGCCCCACUCCCCCUCUACAGGUAUGACGUGCAGUCGUCUACGUACCAGUGGUCAGUCUCCGCUGUCCUUGAGGAUGCCAGUUAAAGCUGUGACCCCCAUGGGCUCCAUGGCAGCUGGGCGCCAGUCCUCCAGAGGUCUGCCUGUGGUCCAGGCGCCUCCAUCAGGAGGGGGCCACAGGGCACAGUCGACGGGAUCCGCUAACGGAGGAGCUUACGGCCCCGGGAGGGCCUCGGUUGGGAUGGGAAAGCCUGCGGUGGGUCGGGGCCAGGCUGUACCGUCGGUGUCUGCCAGAAGUAAACUCUCACAGCCUCCCAGGAGGUCUUUAGGUAUGACUAAAAUCUCAGAUGAAUCCUGGAAAGAUGGCUGCUACUGAUGAAGAGCGCUGACUUCUCCGUACAACAACACCCCACCGGCGUCCGCAAAUGUGGCGCACGGGGUCUCGGUCCCUCAUUUCAAACUGGGCUGCACUGGAUUUCUAGUCUGUGUCUUUCCCUUGCAUGAAACGUUGUGAUCCCACACCAAAACAGGACGAGGAGCUGCACAUCCUCACAUCUGUUACGUGGGCCAACUCCGAGGUUCCUAACAUACCUUUGUGUCAGUCAGACUUAUUUUUCUAUGGUGGCCGUGAGAAUCUGCUGGAGUUUUAAGGGUUGUAGAUGUUACUGAUGUGAAGACCGUUGAAAUGAAGAUGUUGCUGGUUUGUACAUUUUCUCUGUGAAUUAUAAAAUGAAGGUGCUGAGUGUUGCAUGCUGGGUUUAGUGGUUUUCCUUUAGCUACUUUAGCAGCUGUUUCCAUCCUUCUCUAACUGCAAUAUGAAGAACCUCCGUGUGUCCAACCGCCAUCUGUGGAAAAUGAUGAAUAUGUGAGGUUCAUGGUGAAUUUGUUAGAUUUGUGUUGUGUUUGUGUUUUGCUCUUUGCUUACACAGCAAUGCAACCAUUGUAAACCACACUGCCCUUAUAAGACGUGUUUGUAUAAAAACAAAAAAAAGAGAAUUAUGGUUUGUGCCAAGGUGCAUCACAGCUGCAGGUCUUUGGUUUGAUAAUUAACCUUAGACAUCUGAAGGUACGCUACAGUACUACGUUUUCCAGGCAUUUGUACUUCACAUCUAGAGGUGGAUCAGGCGUCUGCCUUUGGAAACCAUCGUGUUAAAAAGUUUAUGCACAGAGGCCUCGUGCCUUGGUCAGCUAUGCACCCUCAUGAAGCGUGCCUCUGAAAUUUAGGAGCUGUAACGAAAAUAAAGUUUACCAUGAAGCUGUAA